AUGGCAUCACUGCUUAUUUCAUUCAAUUUUUUCGAAAUCGCGGUAUUCCCCUCCAAUCCAAUUCUCUGUAAAAAAUUUUCUUACACGUUCUCUUUUCCCCUCUCUCUCUAUUUUCCCUCUUUCUCUAUUUCGACACAUUCUCUACUUUCCCUCUUUCUCUACCCUCCCCACUUUCUCUAUUUUACCUCCUUCUCUAUUUUCUUCUUCUAUUUCCCCUCCUUCGCUAUUACCCUUCUUUCUCUAUUACCCCUCUUUCUCUAUUUCCACUCUCUCACUUUUUCCCCUCUUUCUCUAUUACCCCUCUUUCUCUAUUUCCCCCUCUUUCUUUAUUCCCCUCUUUCUCUAUUUUCCCUCUUUCUCUAUUUUCUCUGCUUUUUCUCUUUUUUUAAUUUUUUCCCAGACUACACACAUCCUUUUUCAAUCUUAUUCCAUUCCCAUCACAUUUUCAAAAUAGACAGAAAAACAGUCGAGGCUAUAUCAUUCAUAUACAUAUCUUAUGUACUUCAUAUCUAUCUAUCUAUCUAUCUAUCUAUCUAUCUAUCUAUCUAUCUAUCUCAGUCUGUUCAUUAUCUAUCUAUCUAUCUAUCUAUCUAUCUAUCUAUCUAUCUAUCUAUCUAUCUAUCGUGUGCACGCUAUUUCCGAAUUUUCGUGAUGGGAAGUUGUGAAAAGUUUUUCAUAAAAGUUCGAUAUCCCGCCAAAACCCUUUUCCUUCCUUUCAUCACUUUCUCUCCCUCCAUCUCUUUCGUACCGAGUAACUUCAUUUAA